UGCUGCUGCUGCUGCUGCUUGGCCACAGAUCCAGGGCAGUAGUCAGUGGUGGUGGUGGUGGUGCGGUGUGGACACGCCAGCAGCCACAGAGUGUGUGAGUGUGUGUGACGCCAGCCAGCCGCAAGCCAGCCGCAAGCCAGCCAGCCGUCUCACUGUCGUGUCGUGUGUUCGGCUGGCGCCAUGAGCCGCCAGGUGCUGCUUUCCAGGAUCAAAGAGGGCGCGGACGGGGCCGCCGGGGCCCGCCGGUCCCCGCUGCUGCAGCUGCUGCCCGGCCGCCGCUGCUGACCUGCCUCUCGGCCCCACACGCAGCGAGCAGCCCCCACGCCACCCCCGACUUUUGUGUCCCGACGACGCCAUGGUCGACCUCGGAGGGUACGUCAUCAUCCUCGUCGAGACCAAGGACAAGAAAAUCAAACUCUACGGUUCUCCGGCCGACAAAGCGGACCUGGAGGUUGGAGAUGAGAUACUCGAGGUGAACGGCAGAUCGCUGGAAGACGAGUCGCACACCGAAGUCAUCUCGCACAUCCACCAGUGCAUACGCUCACGCACCAUCUGUUUGCGGGUCAAGCGGAGGAGCGGCAACCGACUGGCACUCGAUCUCGCGCAGAACAGCAACGUGCAGGAUGCGUUCGUCAUCGCCGUGGAGCAGCAGGCGCGCGAGAGGCUCGAGAGGCUCUCGGCCCUCAAGCGCAUCAAGCCGGUGGAUAUGACCAAACUCUCUCAACAGCUGAAUCAAAUUCCGACGACGUCAAGUCAGCAGGAGUUGAACGGGUUCAUCGAGAGCAGUCCGAUCUACGUGACGUCCCUGCCAGCUGCGCAGGGCAGUUCGAUCGUCUCUUCGGACCCUGAGAGCGGCGGCCCUACCAAGGUCAACGGCCACCACCUGGUCAGCGAGGACUCGCGUGGCGAGGAGAUCGAGCUCAAGCAGGAGCUCGGCGGCGGCACCGCGACGCCGCGCUCCGUCUCGCGCAGCCCCUACCACAACGGCCGCACUGAGAAGCUGAUCGGCUCGCAGGAUGUCUCGCCCACGCCGUCCUGUGACCUGAAGAAGGUGCACACCACCGCCAUCGUCGAGAGGACCAGCGUCAACAGGUCGCCCAUCCCUGACGCCGCCAGGCGGAGGAGCGUGAGCGAGCAGCAGCAGCAGGCGGCUCAGCAGCAGCAAGAGGAGUCGUUCGCGGCGCGGCAGGCUCUGCAGGCGCAAAACAUCAUGAUGAACAUGGUGGCCGAGUACGAGCUGGAGAUGCAGCAGCACUCGGGGCCGCACCGCGAGAUGGCCGUCGACGUGCCGGACACGUUCAUCGCGCGCACCAAGACGCCGCCGCGCUACCCGCCGCCCAAGCACCUGCAGGCGCCGAACGGAAAUGCCGCCUCCGCCACCUCCGCGACGAAGCCGGUGCCGCCGCCGCGCGACCACCUGAGCAUCGAGAAGGACGGCCGCCUGGUCAACCGCGCGCCCCCGCCCCAAGUGCCCGCCAGAGCCGUGCCUGUGCCGCCCCCGGUCGCCCCCGAGCCCGCCUCCGCUGCCGCCGCCGCAGACCGCACGCCCACCAGGGAGCAAAUGGAGAGCAUCAGAAAGUAUCAGGAGGACCUUAGGAGAAGAAAGGAGAAUGAGGAGCGGGUUGCACAAGAAAAAGAGUUCCUUCGCUCAUCCCUGCGCGACUCUCGGAAGCUGCAAGCGCUCGAGAGUCGUCCGCCGCCUAAGCUGCCUUCCGGAAUCGUCAACGAUGGCUACUCGUCCACCGAGGACAACGACGCCUUGCUCGCCUCCUCCACGGACUCGGCCGUCGCCGCAGACUCGCUCCAUAAGAUCAUCUCGUUCAGUGAGCUGGCGGCCGCCCUGCAGAGGCUAAGCGCGCUGCUGCGCAAGCACGACCGCGGCAUGGACGCCAAGUUGGCGACCGUGCAGACGCUGCUGCUCAGCCCUGAGUUCGGACGCGCACUCGCCAUGCACAACAAGGUGUGCGCCACGCGCAGGUCGCCGACGCCGCUGGCAACGCCCACCUGCGCCGACUCGCAGACCGUCGUCAGAGACUGUCUGGACGCGUUGCAGCCGUGCACGGCGCCAAAUGCGGCGGAGCUGGCCGAGAUUCUGACCAACUACGAGCUGGACGGGCUGCUGAGCGCGCACGACGUGCUGGCCAAGCGGCUUCCCGGCCCGACGCCGCCGCGCAUGCCUUCGCCGACGGCCGAGGAGCCGGCGCCGACGCUCCCGCUCUACGCCGAUGACAAUAUCAAGAUUGUGAAAAUCGAGAAGACCAAUGAACCCUUAGGUGCUACUGUGAGGAACGAGGGUGACUCGGUGGUGAUCGGCAGGAUAGUGAAGGGAGGCGCCGCCGAGAAGAGCGGGUUGCUGCGCGAGGGCGACGAGGUGCUCGAGGUCAACGGCGUCGAGAUGCGCGGCAAGUCCGUCAACGAGGUGUGCGACCUGCUCGCCGGCAUGAACGGCACGCUCACCUUCCUAGUAGUGCCUAACAGAGAGCCCAGACAGCCGCCGCCACCUGUCAGAGAAACGGUGCUGCAUAUGAAAGCUCACUUCGAUUACGAUCCUGAGGACGAUCCGUACAUUCCGUGUAGAGAGUUAGGCAUCAGCUUCCAAAAGGGCGACAUCCUUCACGUCAUCAGUCAGGAGGACCCCAACUGGUGGCAGGCGUACCGGGAGGGCGAGGAGGAUCAGACCCUGGCAGGUCUGGUGCCCAGCAGAUCCUUCCAGCACCAGAGGGAGGCGAUGAAGCAGAACAUCAUUGAAGACAAGGGUGGCAAGGAUAAGAGCAAAAAGGGCGGGACUCUGUUAUGUGCCAAAAAGAACACUAAGAAAAAGAAGAAGAAAUUGCCAUAUAACGCGAAUUACAAUGAUGGUGGGUACCUGUUAUGCAGUACCAAUGUCAACGACGAUUAUGAAGCAGAUGAAAUUCUAACCUACGAGGAUGUAGCGCUCUAUUAUCCUAAAGCGAAUCACAAACGGCCUAUUGUCUUAAUCGGUCCGCCCAACAUCGGGCGGCACGAGUUGAGGCAGAGAUUGAUGGAGGACUCUGAGAGAUUUGCUGCAGCCAUUCCUCACACGAGUCGGCCGAAGAAGGACGGCGAGGCGGACGGGCAGGACUACCACUUCAUCAGCAGGGCGCAGUUCGAGGCGGACAUCGUGUCGAGAAAGUUCGUGGAGCACGGCGAGUACGAGCGCGCCUACUACGGCACCAGCCUCGAGGCGAUCCGCGGCGUCGUAAACUCGAGCAAGAUCUGCGUCCUCAACCUGCACCCGCAGUCGCUCAAGAUCCUGCGCACCUCUGACCUCAAGCCCUACGUCGUCUUCGUGGCGCCGCCCUCGCUCGAGAAGCUCCGCCAGAAGAAACUCAGGAACGGAGAGACCUUCAGGGAGGAGGAGCUGAAAGAGAUCAUCGAGAAGGCGCGUGAGAUGGAGGACCGGUACGGCCACUUCUUCGACAUGGUCAUCAUCAACAAUGACACGGAGCGCGCGUACGGGCAGCUGCUGAACGAGAUCAACGAGCUGGAGCGCGAGCCCCAGUGGGUACCUGCGACCUGGGACAAGGCUGUGUAAACAAACAAACAAACAAAACCAACCAAGAAACAAAAGACAGUUUAUCACGCAUACACACUUACACGCGGACACUCGAUCGCCACCCCCAGCCCCCCUGAAAAUGAGACUUUUGCGCCACCCGAAAGGGCAACAAAAAAAAAAGAAAUUUGAGAGUGCACAGUGCAGCUGGCGAGCGAAGAGGAAAGAAACACGGUUUUUCACGCAAUUUGAGUAAAAUAACGAGAAAAAAAAUGAAUCAGUUUCACGUGUCGGAAAGAAUGUCGUUACAUGAGAGCAAAAUAUAGCGCAGUGAAUGUUGUGAUAUUUUAAAGAACAUCAAGUACGUAUUCCACGAGUCGCAAAAAGAGUGUAUAUUGGCCAAAUUUUCACCCCCACGCAAAUAAUAAUAUUAAUAUGUAUAUGAAAGAAAAACGGUCCAAAGGUGGCGUUUUUUCCAAGCCCGUUUCCGGACCGCAGGAAAACGGCAGCAGAUUUUUCACUCAGACACACUCGCCCCCCGCCAGCCAAAAGACAUUUCGUUGUGAUGAGAACAUACAAAACCUCUGUGUUCAAAAAGGAGGGACAGAGAACGUGGGACGCAGAUUAAUUACACACACACACACACUCUCUCUACGGUAGGAUUAUUUAUUAUAAUAUGUGUGUCCGACUUCCGCAAAAAUUAACUACGACGAGAGACGCAGGAGAUUUGAGAGGAGUACACACACACACACAGUUGUCUAUUUUUUAUGAGAGGCCAAAUAAUAUCAUGUUUUUGAUAUAGAUGAGAGUGCGAGAGCGAGAGAGCCACGCAGGUCACACACACACUAAAAUAUAUUUCUCAUUUUCCAAGUCGAUCGCGCACCUUUUACAUUAAAAGCAGAGCACCGAGUAUAUUUCCUCCUUUCAUCGAAUAUAGAAUUAUAUAGACAAAAGUCAAGUCGAAAUCGGUCAACCACACACACGUUUUAAAAUUAUAAAUACCGCGAGAGAAAGUGAGGGAGAGAGAGAAAAAGAGCGAGCCAUUCCGUUAUUGAUUUCGGGUAGCGGCGUUUUGUCCACAUUCCAAGUACGAUAUAAUACAUAUUAAACAAAAAAAUAACAAAUAAUAUUUCCGAUCCGGGACAACACACACACACACACGAACUCACACAGAAAUAGUCUUCCUGUCCUUUGCGUUUAUUCCUCACACAAAACUUAGCAGCCAAAAACUUGAUGGUUCUAUAGGAGAAAGAAUGAAAUUUUGCAACCAAGAAGAGUUUUUAAAAAAAGUGUUAUUGAAUUUUACGGAAAUUCCCUAUCAUGUCAAUUUUAAGUAGAUGAAAGAGGUCGAACGAAGGAGCGACGCUGACUCUGAUGACGUCAGUCGGAAAGUGGCAGAGAUCCGAUCGUGUAAAUUACACCACAAACCUCCCGGCGAGAAAAUUCGGAGUCUGAUUUUUUUAUUCAUUUGGAAAAUUUGCAAAAUUAGAUUUCAUUUGUGACAAAUUCGAUAAUAGUGAAUUUUAAUAUAUUUAUUUUAUUUAUUAAAAAAUACCAAAAGUUGAAAACGCAAUCCAAUCGAAAUUCUAUACAGUGUUGCUGUGUAUUUUAGGAGUACAAAUAUUUAAUUUGGUGUGCUGAAAACCAAAAUCGGCUCAUAAACUAAAUAACAGUUUUCUUCAGCGGGGACCAGAUUCGUGCAACGCGCAGAUAUGGCGUCCGGUGGAAUUUGGCGCGAAAAAACGGUCACGUGAAAAUGCGCGAAAAGAACCAAGUUUUGGUCAAUAUUGUGACGUGUAUAAUUUGCAUUACUUUUAACCAAUUGUGUCUUUUGGAUCGUAAAAACUAAUUCUUGACACUCGUCGUCGUUUUUGUUUCCCACAUUCAGACGCCAUCUUGGAUCUGCGCAGUGGGAACCAAUUUCAUCGCACAUCUGGCUCCCGCUGGAUUUCUUCUCUUCUAUCUAUUCUGGUUUUCAGCUCGGCUAAAAACAAAUAUUUUCACGCCAUUAAAUUAAAUUCUUAUUAUUUAACUCUCACAAUGAUUAGAAUUUGAAUUUGAAAGACCAGAAGUGUCGGAUUUCCCUUUCUCGCCGGGCUCGUUAAUUAAUCUAGUUUUCGUUUUUGUGUCUUGUAUGUCUCCGAAGUGUCCCGUUAGUUUAGCAUUGGAAUUAUUUUAUCCUUUUCCGUCUCGCCGACAGCCGCAUUUGAAUCCUGCAAUGCGAAUCAUCCCGCCCGAAAGAGAGCGUUUGGCGUGUUUCGUUGCCAAAAAUACAGUCGAAUUUACACACAAAAUAUAAAAUGAAUUGAAUGUGCGUCUUUAUAUAUCAAAAAUGAAUUCUCCUGACGAAAAUUUGCAAUGUCCGAUGACGACGAUGAUAAUAAUUUAUGUGUGUGUCUCUCAUGUAAUUGACUUAAAUUAUUCGUACAUUUAUCGAUUUAUAUUUGCAUGUUCGACUAGCGAUUUUCUCAUCAUCCGCAGCGGUUAUUUUUUCCAAGCGAUGUCGUCACAUAUACGGUAAUAAUGGUAAUUACUCUACGAAAAGUUGUCAUAUAUUAUGAUUAUAUAUCCGAGAGGCAAAUUUGAAAAUUAUUAUAUUAUGUCCGUGAGUGUCGAGAGGGCGCAAGCGAACUUACUAAACGACAAAAACCGUAAAAAUCAAACUCGUUAAAAGUGUGUGUUUAUAAAACGAUUAUAUAAAACAAAGAGGGAAUGCACUUCUUCAAAAGAGAGCAAUUUUUGACAGGUAUUGUACACGGUGUGACCCUUGACCCUAGCUCAACAACUACGAGAAAAUAUAUAUCACCUUUUCCCAUAUUUAGUUAGCCGCGCGCCGCUUGGACAUUUCCAAGGUGCUGAAUCAUAAAUUCCAAGCGGACAUAUAGGUUUUCCUGCAAAUUCCAUUCCACAAAAUCUUUCUAGACAAUGGUGCUGAGGAUUAUGUAUCAAUUCCGUUCUCAUCCUGCGUUUCCGGCCUCGAUUCUCUACACUAAAAAAAAAAACAAAAAAUAUAUCGCUGGUGCGAAACCCCCCGAAAAUUGUAAAAAAAACACUGUACGCAAAAACUGCCAGUUUAGCCAGCAACAAAAAGGGAAUAAAAAGAAUCGUAUAUAUAUUAUUACUCCGUUUUUCUGUUCAAUUCCGAUUGAUUUUGCCGACGCAAAAUGUCCAUUUAGUUGUUAAGGAGAUUUAUAAUUCGUUAUUUGUGUAUAUUUUAUUGCUCUCCUGUUGCCGUGUGUUAAUUAUCGAAGGUAUUUUUAAAACUAAAAUCGAACCUGCUCAAAAUUUAUUACCGAUGUAAGUUAUUGAACAAGAAGAAUAAAAACACGAGAAGCGAGGUGCGAGAACAAGUGUGCACUAAACAAACAAAACAAACAAAACGCGGAUGCUUGGGACAAAAGAGAAUGAUGUAUUUUGCAUUGACUGUGUAAAUAGUUGCGAUGAGACAUAAACGCUGAUGAUAAUAAACAUUAAUAUGCGAUAAUUGACUGUUUAAAUAAUAAUAAAAUCAACAACGGGAGCGAAUGUAUGUGGCGCGCGCGCGAUCAACGGUGAGUAUAGUGCGAAUGAGAUCCGAGCAGACUAAAAAUAUCCGACUUUUAAAACAAACAAACAAACAAACAAACUCAAGAGGGCAUGACGAUGAUGAUUGACACUAAAAUGAUCAUUUUUUAUCAUAUUGGUUGUAUAAUUCUAAUUAUCGACGCAAAAUACACUGAAAUAUUUCUGUUAUUGUGUAUUAUUAGUAAAUGGAACUGAUGUAUUAAAUCUAACAACAA